UCGCAUGAAUAGACACAUAGAAGGCUAUGAGUGUAGCUUACUGGAAGGAGGGCAGGAAAUUAUUUGCAUGAUGAUAGAUAGAUUAUAUAGUUCAAGAAGAUAUCCUGACCAAAUAAGACACUAGCAAAACCAGCAUUCUUAUCGUGAAAGUGGGGUUUUGGCUCAUGUUUCUCAGAAUCUGUUGUUCUGUGGCACUGAGCCUUAUAAAAAGCCCUUAUCACCGUGUCCGCCCGCCUCUAACGCCAGAUGUGAAAAGUGUCUCUCGUUAUACAGCACCCUUAUUUUCGGAUUGGUCAAUAACAAAGCGCUUGGUUCUUCAAGGCAUAGAGUUACUGCAGAGAAACCUAUCGACUCUCACCAUCAAAGAGCGCGCGCCACUUUUUCAAGGGGAGUGGAUAAGGCCUGUUGUGGGAGGGCUAGUCUGAGAUAAAGUGUGGCAAACUGUUCCCUGUACUCUCCUCGGUCCUCCUGAGGUCACUCACAGCAGCACAGGAGAAUCACUCUAAUUGGAGGUCUGGAGUUAAGUAAAGCUUGCCAAUAGUUGCAACUGUAACAGGAUACUGGUAUGCUAUUUUAGAAUGUGAGUAGCUAUCUCUAUUUCCAGUUGAGUUAAGAUUGUCACAGUCUGCUGCUAAUGCCUUGUUCUUAGUCCAAGCAUUAUUAUAUUACUCUAUCAAAGGACUCUUAUUUUAUGACAAAACAUAAAUGUAUUUCCUUACCUCAUGUGACAUUUUGUUGUUUCUUCUUCUUCCAGAGCUGAAUGAGUGGAAUGACCAGGACUGUCGUUGUUUUGAGUCAACCUCGCUGUGCUGGGCCCCACAGCCUGGUAGUGUGUGGGUGCUAACAGAGAGGAACAUGGCAUGUGGACCAUGUCUACCAUGACAGUCAACAUGUCUGAGGCUGAGCCAGACUACAUUAACUGCACCAUCAGCCAUGAGAUCCACCAGUACCUGUUCUCUGUGGCCUACAUCCUGGUUCUUUUGAUCGGCGUGCCCACCAACGCCUACUCCCUCUACCACGCCUGGCUGCAGCUGAGAGCCAAGAACGAGCUGGGGGUCUACCUGCUCAACCUGACCGUGUCAGACCUCCUCUACCUGGCCUCACUGCCUCUCUGGCUGCAGUACAUCUUCCAGGGAGAUGACUGGAGUCAAACGGAGUGGCUGUGCCAGCUGUGUGGCUUCCUGCUCUAUGAAAACAUCUAUGUUAGUAUCGGAUUCUUAUGUUGUAUAUCUAUAGACCGUUACCUGGCUGUAGUGUACCCGUUCCGCUUCACAGCGUUCCGAAGCAUGCGGGCAGCCACGUUGGCCAGCGCCUUCAUAUGGCUGAAAGAGAUUGCUGUGGGUGUUGUCUUCUUCAGACACAAGGAGGUAAGCAGGGACGGCACCAACCAAUCGGUGUGCUUUGAGCACUACCCCAUGCAGCCGUGGGAGUACCCCAUCAACUACUACCGUUUCGCCGUUGGCUUCCUGUUCCCACUAGGUAUCCUGUCCGUGUCGUAUCUCCGCGUCCUGCGGGCGGUCAGAAAAAGCGUAGGCACGCAAAGCACCCAGAAAACCCGCAUCAAGAACCUGGUGACCAGCACCAUCGUCAUCUUCCUGGUGUGUUUCUCUCCAUACCACGUGUUCCUGCUGGUGCGUACCAUCUUAGAAAGAGACUGCCCAUUCAUAAUCAAUAUCUUCAACUACUACCACAUCUCCCUGCUGCUCACCAGCUUCAACUGCGUGGCCGACCCAGCACUGUACUGCUUCAUCAGUGAGAGGGCCCAGCAGGGGAUCCAACAAGCCCAGGAGGCCUGUACCCAGGCCCUCUGCUGCUGCUGCCACAGGGGACAGCACAGCCCCAUCACAGCCACGGGCACAGACUCCAAGGAGGUGGACACCUCCAACAAGAACAGAAAAGUAUCUGUCACACUGCUGUCAUCUAGUAGUAAUAUUAAUAAUACAUGGGUUUUAUAAAGCUUUUUUGAAGGACCUGAAGACACUUGAAUAGUAGACUAGGAGCUAGGGGUCAGUUUGGAUGAGAGGGAAAAUACAAAUACAGUGACAGGUCAUUGGACAUGAGACAUUGGGCAAUGAUAUGAUUAGGGGCAUUUCCAUGUAAAAAGUCCCCAUGAGCAGUAACAUGUGAAGUUCAUAUGAGCACAUAACCUUUGCUGUCAAGUGAAAGCUAAGAGUCUAUAUUUUUGAGAAAUUAACGCAUAUAAACAUUUUUCAACCAUUUCCCAUGCAGAAAAUUAAGAAUAAGCAAAGGCUUUGAUUUCUGUUCAAACAGAUGGAAAAUGGGUCUUAUAAAACAUCUAGCAGAAAAAUAAAUGCAUCAAAAGACAAUGUUGAAAUAAAGACCCCUGCCAAGUAAUACCAAGAUUUAUAUUUAGUUUUGCAGAACUUAUUUGGCUUCUGUAAGUUUAAGAAAUAUUGCCUAGUGUCUUUUCAUUCUCUUACCAGAAACAUAUCUUUAAGAUAUUUUCUAAUUUCUCUCUCUCAUGAGGAGGGAGGAUAAUGAAAGUUCACAUAAGGAACAAUUAAAGGUAGACCUACCAAAUAGUUAGUGUUUUUACUGAUAACUAUUUGGUUUAUGAUUUAAAACGCGUCAAAUCGGUAACAGAAUGACUGCAACUGAAUUGGCUGCAAUGGGAGUUCAUAGUAGUCACAAACCAGGUGGGUCACCUGCUACGGUCCU